AUGUCUCACAUUAAGGAGUACAUCGACAGAGUGACCCGCGUUUAUGAGCGUUACACCGACUAUGUGAGGAGGAACCCCGCGGCCACGGCGCAGCUGGAGAGCACCGUGCGGACUCUGUCCUACCUGAUCGCAGGGAGGUUCGCAGAUUCCCACGAAUUAUCCGAACUGGUGUACUCGGCCUCCAACCUGCUGGUUCUGCUGAACGAUGCCAUCCUGCGCAAAGGCCUGCGGCGGGCCCUCCCCGUGUCUCUGUCCCAGCAGAGGCUGCUCACCUGGCUGUCGGUGCUGGAGCACCUGGAGGUGUUCCUGGAGAUGGGGGCGGGCCGGCUGUGGGGGGAGGCCGGCCGCUGGCUGGUGGUCGCGCUGGUCCACGUCUUAAAGGCGGUCUUCCGCUUCACCCUUCUUCUGGUCCACAAAUCGGGGCUGCAGACGUCGCCCCCCAUCGUCCCGCUGGACCGGAGCGCCGCGGCCGGGGGGGCCGGGGGGGAAGACGGCGGUGGCGAGCAGGAGGAGGCCGGCUGCUUCGUGGGUCAAAGGUCGGGGCGGGCCAUCCGGCCGCUGGGUAGCGCCCCCUCCCCGCGGGAACGGCUGUGGGGGGGCCCCCAGAGGAGCGGCCUGAAGGAGGAGCCGGACGGCCCGCCGGCGGCUCUGAGCCUCCAGGAGACGCUGGCCGAGUCCGUCUUCAUCGGACGGCCACUGGCGCACCUGCUCUGCCUCGGCCUCUGGGGGCAGCGGUCCUGGAAGCCCUGGCUCAUCUCGGGAGUCCUGGAAAUGUCCAGCUUCGCCGUCCUCCAGCAGGCGCGGUUCCAGAGCCGCUGGGAGCGGGCUGAGAUGAGGAGGCGGGGCUUCCUGCUGCUCUACUACCUCCUGCGCUCGCCUUUCUACGACAAAUACUCAGAGAAGAAGAUCCUCCUCCUGCUCCGCCUGCUGGCCGAGAACGUCCCCGGAGUCGGGCUGGUGGCCCGCCCUCUGAUGGACUACCUCCCCUGCUGGCAGAAGAUCUACUUCUACAACUGGGGCUGA